CCAUGGCGGAGUGCUGCCAAGGCCUUCAAGUCUCCUAGGCCUCCACUUUUGUGUCGACAACUUAUACCACUAACUGCUACUCACUCAAAGUCUUCAGUAAGACUAAAGCUUCUAAGACCAUUUGCGGCGUCUUGGCCUGAGUAUUCUCGUGGGGAAAACGUGCUAUUGGUCGAACGUUCGCGAGCCGCGAACCAAGUCACUCACUUCUUUCUGCACGGUCAGCGAGCUCUCUCUUUAGGUACGCUGAAGAAGAGGAGUCCAAGAAGACGUCACCGCUGCUUCUACUGCUAGUGCUGCAGUUGUUGUUGUUGUUGUUGUUUCGCAAUAGUCGCCGUGUCGUAGCAGAAGAAGAAGAGUCGACGAUGAUGUGGAUGGACUAGGUAGAGGCAAGAGUCGUCCGCCAUACACCGGUGAUCUCUUGGAGCGCGCCAGCCGCGACCCGGCCUUCGGGAAACAAAAAAUCCUAGAGCCUGGGAUUACACGAUGACGCUGAUUUGCAGCAGCUUCGUGUAUACUAGAGAUUUUGGUGGAUGGAUGCAAUUUUAGAGGGCAAGUGCGGCAGUAGCGAUAAUAGUUUGUUCAAUCUUUCUGUGGUACACAAAACAUAUAACUUGCCAAAGAGAAGGAAACAUUCCAUACAGUUACCCCGCCACAAUUCCAAAUGCAGCACCUCGUGAGUUUGUUAUGAAAAAUUACCAUCCACUCAAACAGUCAUUCCACUUGCCACUAUCGAAGGGAUCAGAUGCGCAACAUGCCCAGACAGCCUUUUAUCCUUAUCAGUUUCCUUCGUAUCCUGCAAAUUUACCUCUACCCCAAAGCUACGCUCUACCUUUCGGCCAACAAGCGUCACUCGCAGCUCUUACUGCUGCUCAAAUAAGUCCAGCCGCACUUUUAAGUAGCAGCCCCUACAUGUCAAAUCCUUAUUCAAAAGCUUACGGAACGCCAUCCUUACCUCAGUCUGCACCUCUACCUCCCUUACAUCAAUCCGCGUCUCUACCCUCCUUACAUCAGUCAGCACAUCUACCUUCCUUACAUCAGUCUGCACCUCUACCUCCCUUACAUCAGUCUGCACAUCUACCUCAAUUACAUCAAUCCGCGCCACCAUCCCUGCCUUCUCAAUAUGCUCUGCAUAAUGCAAUACCAUAUGGCGCCCAAUUCCAGGGUCAAUAUAACGCUGUUCCAAAAUAUGUUCCACCACCACCACCACCACCUCAACAACGGGGUCAUCAACUUCCCACAAUGGAAGAGUUUCGUAAUCAACGUACCCCUCCGUUCUAUACGGGAGUCCUAUAUUAUAAACCCCAAAGGGAAAGAGAAAUGGAAAAAGAAAAAGAAUUAGAGAGACAGAGGGAGUUAAACAAGCAAAGAGAAAUAGAACGACAAAAAGAAAUGGAAAGACAGAGGUUGCUUCAAACCCAAACUCAAAAGCCAUUAGUUAAGCAUAGUGGUGAAGUAUAUUCAUUUAAUAUUUAUAAUAGUCCCCCACCUAAUAAGAACAAUCAACCGCUUCAUACACCUGCUGUACAGCAAUCUGAAGCCCCUAUGAUUCUCAACCAAACCAUGAUACAACUAAAAGAACAGAACAUUCAGUCGAAAUCUAACUACGAGGUUUUAGCAAACCAAAACAUAACGCACAAUUCGGAUCCGAACCUUCAAAACGAAAAUUUAAUAAUCUCCGCAAACAAUAGCACAUCUGAACAACAAAAUGCAGAACAACAAAACCUCGCUGUCCCCGAAAAUUCACAGCAACCUGCAAACCAAACCAAUUCCGAAGUAAUAACUCAUAACAUCAAUGCUGAAAUUAAAAAUGUUGUAGAGCAAGUCCAAGCACCAAUUACACAGAACCCGGUUUUUCGGGCAUUUCAUGUACGACACCGUACAGAAAUACCGUCACCUACGUAUCCCGGCCCUGUGCCACCCCUCCCCAGGGCCCCCAACCCUGCAGAAAAUUUAAUCUAUAAUCCCUUUCUGUAUAACACCAAGCCCGAAGAUAUCGCCUUAGGGCAAGCGUUUUUUCCACAACUGACUGCGCAGUUAAACGGUGCAGUAACAUUGCCAGCCCCAAUAAUAACCACCGAAGCUGCCAUUCCACCUCAACAACCGCAACAUGAAGAACAACAAACAGAACCUGAUCGAAGGGACUUAUCGGAUGACGAAGUUGAAGCAAGAAUUAAAGCCGAUUUCAGUGAUGAAAGUCAUUAUAAGAAAAACCGGGAAGAAGAAGACGACGGAGAUUCAUUUUUUACUAGAGCGUCGAAACCAUAUAAUGCUUUCGAAAGUUCUGACGAUGAAAGGGAAGAAGAAGAGUCCGAGAGUGCAGAAGAAUUUUAAUAGAACAAUGAUCAAUGCAUAUAGUUUUUGAAAACAGUACAAAAAUAAGCGUAAUUGAAAAACGUCUCUCCUCAGUGUACCCUUAACGUCACAACAUCGGACAGUUCUGAAGACUUUCCAAAAAUAUUUACUUAUGUGAUAUGAAGUGGCUUAAGAAAAGUUAAAAACGUUUGCUUCUUAGCUAGACACGAACUUGAUAGCAAAUGAUGUAAUGUCCUACCAUUUAAUUUUUUGCUUUUCUAUAAUAAUUGUACUUUUUGUGUAAAAACUUUCCAUAAGAGUCAUGAACUUGUAAGAACUCUCUGUUAGCAUUGCGUGAUACUUAAUUAAUAAGUUAAAAAUACAAUUAAUUUAAUGUUGUAUCUGUAUUGAUAAUUUAAUCUUUAGAUAAAUAACAGAUUGUGUUGUGAAAUAUUUUUUAAAUAAAUAUAUAAUUGAGAAUAUUUUCUUUAAUUGAAAUGAGCUCUAAGGGGUGCUAAAUUUACUUAGUAGUAACGGAAAAAAAGGCGAACUUUUCAUUAUAUUUAUAUUAAAUACGUACGA